AUGACGACUUCGAUGAAAUCACAUACAUCAAUAAAAAUGCAGCGAUUCCAAGGUUCUAACAACGAUUCCAACCAUCUGGAAAAAAGAACUACAAGUUCACUUACACGACAAAUUACACGCCUAAGUACUGCUCCCGUAAGAUGUCCGAAUUGUCUUGAUCCAUCUCCAACUGUAUUUCAUAAUAAAUACCAAAAUAAGCUCUCAGUAUUUUUCAUUCCCGUUUGGUGGUUCAAACCAAAAUACCUUUGGAUUUGUGAACGAUGUAAGUGGACUGGAGAUACAAAGCCUAAUGACGAACAAGUCCGACAGAGAGAAGAAGCAGAGUUGACAUUACGGCAACGCCAACCUUUGCCAACUUGGGGAUUGAGAAAGUGUAAAACUUGUGAUAUGGAGGUAAAGCUUAUAGUUAUUCAAAUUAUUCACGCGACUACAGUUAUAUAG